AUGUUAUCACAUAUACCUGGGGCAGAUGUUGCUCUGGGUACUCCGCCUCAAAACACAUCUUUUGCUAUUGACACUGGCUCCUCGACUCAGUUCGCCCUUACGCCAGAUUGUAUCUACUGCCCAACUGAGGGGAUGUACGACACGUCUGUGUCGUCAUCGAUCGUACAAGAUCCUAGCCUGGGGCUCUUUGGGGAUGGCAUGUUCGGGGGAACUCGUGGCAGCGAAACAAUCACACUGGGCGGUCUUUUACAAGAUGUUCAAUCCCCCAUGGCUUUCAUUGACCGGAUGUCCCCGAAAUUUCAGCUCAGAUUUGCAGGAGGUCAUCUUGGCUUAUUCGUGCCCCAGUCAAACGAGACCCGGCGCAAGCAGAGUGUUUUGUACCGCCUAAAUGAGCAAGGCCAACUUCUCAACCCUGUUUGGGGGCUUCGUAUGGGCGGUGAAAACCCUCAGUUGACUAUUGGAGCGCUCGACCCUAAUGAUUAUGAGGGAGAAAUCAACUGGGUACCACUCAUAGACGAUUCCCCUAAAAUACAAAUAGACGCACUGAAAGGGUACAAUGGAAAUGCCUUCCCUCUCCCCUCUCCAUUGAAUGCAAGCAUCGAUACUCAAUGGAGCACUAAAAUCCAGUCAGUCAGCAGAAACAUUUACGUACAGGACCUCGAGAUGUACAUAAUGAAUGACACUCUUAUAGGACCAAACCAAUUUAUCAACAUCUAUCCCCCGAAUAACGAAACCUUUGGAGUUCGGUGUAACGGUACAGAGACCCCUUCGGUUGAGUUUUCCGUUGAAAUCAAUGGCGUUGAUUAUCUCGUCAACCAGACAGACCUGAUCCGACCUACCAGCGGUAUCGCGGCACCUGGCUACUGCAAUGUUGGAGUCAUGAAAUCCUCAGGAACGGAAUAUACGCUAGGGGUUACGUUCCUGAGAAGUGUCUAUCUUGCAUAUAGGUUCCCUACUGGAGACUGUCCUGGGUAUUAUGGCUUUGCAGCAAGCAAGGGAGGCCCAACCCCUACAUCGAAACAGAAACCUAGGACUAUACCGACAGACGCUGCGAGUUGUCUCUCAUUCGCAACCCCUAAUUCUACUCCCAGCCCCACUAUAUCAAUACUCAAGGAGCUUCAGCCCUCUGGAGUUAGCAAAGAGACCUAUAGGGUGUAUGGAAGGCCAGAUGAUGAUUGGGUUCCAUUGCGAGGAGUCCAGGAUUUACCGCUUCUGAAGCCGAUCCGGAACAUAUCAUUGCAUUUGAACGCCAGUGCCAACAGCCAUAAGAACUCACGAUACUCGGCGCUUUCGUCAUUCGAGACUCCACCCACUUCUACCAUGUCACAACAAGAGCAACUUACUCCGUUUGGCCACGCCCUCGCAGGGGCGUUGGGAGGUGUUUUCAGUAAUGCUGUGGUUUAUCCUUUAGAUACGGCAAAGACCAGAAUCCAGGCCACAGAUGGAUCCGAGAAGGAUAGGAAAGGCAAAGGCCGAGACGGACACGAUCGUCUAUCUAUCGUACCACUUUUAGUACGUAUACUGAAGGAAGAAGGCGUAAAAGGGUGCUACGGAGGGUUCGGAGCUAGUAUGGCAAAUACAUUUUUCAUGCAAUACGCCUACUUUUUCUUCUACAGCUUCGUCCGUACAACAUACAUCAAGCGUCUCACACGGAAGCAGCCUUCUGGAAAAGCACAACAACUUUCCACAUCAAUUGAACUACUCUUGGGGGCUGCCGCGGGCGCUCUUGCCCAAAUUUUUACUCUUCCCGUUUCUGUAAUUGCCACCCGACAACAAAUUGGAAAGUCGAAAAAUGCGGCUGGAACCGAAUCAAGCUCGUUCAUCGAUGUCGGCCGUGAAAUUGUCAAAGAAGAUGGUGUGACUGGCCUUUGGGCAGGUAUCAAACCAAGCAUGGUUCUCACCGUCAACCCGGCCAUUACUUACGGGGCCUUCGAGCGUAUCAAAAGUAUUAUGCUAGCAAGUACCAAUUCAUCAAAACUUACCCCAGGCAAAGCGUUCCUCGUUGGCGCACUUUCAAAGACGCUCGCCACAGUGGUCACUUAUCCGUACAUUAUGGCCAAGGUUCGAUUGCAAGCAGGAAGUAUCUCUCGGCCUGAGUCAGGUGAUUCAAGCUCUGAAUCGGAAUCAGAGUUCUCGGACAUUAAGGGCGUAGAGGAGGGUGAUCUAACUGCAUCCUAUGCCGAAGUAACGAAGUAUGGACACAGCGUCGCCCAAACACCUAAAGCCCCUAGGAAGACCGCCAAGCACCAAAAGAGUGCCGUUAAACUAUUGGCAAAGGUACUACGCAAAGAUGGGGUGCUUGGUUGGUACCAGGGUAUGGGUGCCCAGAUCACGAAGGCGGUCUUGGCUCAAGCUUUGUUGUUCAUGUUGAAAGAUCAGUUUGAGCGGUAUGCGUUGGUGAUUAUGUUGUUUAUUCGGAAACUUCGUGGCCCGAAGCCGUAG